AUGGCGGUCAAUAAGGAUACGGGGAACCGCAAAACAGCCUCAACUCUGUUGAAGCCACGCGGGAGACCAGCCAAAAGCUCCACCGAGAACGCGCUUGUUCUUCGAAUGGAGGGUCCCGACUCCCUGAUGAAGAUGCUCGAGAUCCCGCUGCUGAUGAAUCUCCAACUCCAAGACAGCCUCCUCCGGGAACACCAAAGGGACUAG